AGUCGGCCAUUGCUAACGAGUGCAAUUUCAGGUUCUUGGUGCUUUCUUCCUCUUGUUAUUUUUCGUUUUCCCAAGAACACUAAAACAUUACAGUACAAUAUAUUUACCAUGAAUUAACAUUUCUACUACUGCAAAAAUCGUUAAAAACUGUUUGUUUUCUCGCUCUCAUAGUCGUAAAUUGCCAUUAACCUAUUCGAUUGUUCUUGAAACAUAUUUCCUUUCUUUUAAAACAUUAUCUAUUCAAUAUUGAUCAUUCACUCUUCAUCUUUCAUCAUAUUUAAUAAAAAAAUCCACAACAAAUCAAAUUGAUAUUUAACGUUUCUAAAUUAACACAGGAAAUGAUAAGUCAGCCAUUUUUUUACGAGUCUCAUGGCCACUUCUUUGUUCUUUCUUUCUGUCGUUGUGAGUAUUGCUCCCAAAAACAAGUGAACACGCCAGAAGAAUGGAUUUAUCCCCCAUUGACGUCUCCACCUGCAUCAACUUCGUGACAAAGGUGUCCAUACAAGUCUAGAAUACAUUACCUAUUGUGUCAAAGCUCUCUCAGUUGACAGCAAAAAAACCAUCGAAAAGAGUCAAACAGUAUUGUCACAUCGACAUCGAGUUGAUUAUGAAUGAAAAAUACUGCUGGGUGGAAAUAAUAAAUGACGGUGAGACCAAGUUUCCUCUGAAGGACUUACUCAACCUAGAUUUCGAUGAUCCCACUCUGAAUGGUACGUUAUCGGGUGAGGUAAUUCUGAAGACGUCUCUAGACCAGAAGAUCUUCAAGACCCACUUCGAUGGAGAUUUUACGGAAUUGACGACAGAUCAAGGUAUACCAGGAAUUGAUAAAUUUUCACACCUGAAGAGCUGUCUGUCGAUCAAAAUUAAGCAUCCCUUCAAUGUCAAAGAGACCCUAUCCCUCGUGGAUAAAACUGUGGAAUACCUCAACGAAUUCCAAACUCUGUAUCCCCACACCAAGUACACCCUCCGCUCCCAGACGGAGACGUUCUACAACAAUUUCACUGAAUUGGACGACGACUACGCAAAAUGUGGAUUUUUGAGUUCAGCAAUUGAAACUAUUGUACUGCAGUCGGUGAAUGAAAAUUUUAGAAACGAAGUUCGUGAGAUGUUGGAUAUAACUGAUGUCAAAGAUACUAAGGAGGCAAUAAUGUGUCAUCUGCUGCCGUUAUUACAUGAGAAUUAUCAGUUGUGA